AAAAGAUUUAUUAUAAAACAACAAAUGUCUUCAAAACUGUCCGAAGAAAACCCAUUGCUUUACACGAGUCUGGGUUUGUUAUCGCAAACGUCGGCCAAUAGUUCACUGUUGGUCAACAACUUUCUCGACUACAAUCGCUGGUCAAACGUUCAAUCGAUAUCCACUAGUCAUCGCAAACACGUGAAAUACGAGAUAAAGGACGGAAUAGGUGUUGUCAAGAUUGACUCACCGAAUGCACGGGUCAACAGUCUGUCGCAAGAAAUGAUAGACAACAUUGAAUCCACUUUAUAUGAGGCAAUGGCGUCCAGUGUUGACGGCAUUGUCAUUAUAUCUGCAAAGACGGACUGUUUCUUAGCCGGUGCUGACAUAAAAAUGUUGGAAAAUUGCAAAUCUGCUCAAGAGUUUGAGGAACUGUCAAGAAAUGAAAAUCGAUUUCUCAACGAUCUGGCAAAUAGUCCGAAACCAAUAGUAGCGGCGAUUAUGGGUACAUGUCUUGGCGGUGGUCUUGAAUUGGUUCUCGCAAUACAAUACAGAAUUGCUGUCAACGACAAGAAAACAAAUUUCGGAUUACCUGAAGUAAUGUUAGGUAUAAUACCCGGCACUGGCGGUACUCAACGUUUGCCACAAUUGAUCAAUCUUACCGAAUCACUUAGUAUGAUGUUAACGGGUAAAAUGGUUAAAGCAGACAACGCCUACAAAUUAGGUCUCGUUGACCAACUUGUUAUGCCAUUAAGUUCGGGUCUUGAAGUGAAAACGUUAGAGUACUUGGAAGAAGUGGCCAUCGAAACAGCGAAACAAUUAGCCAGCGGUAAACUUAAGAUUAAUAGAAAACGACCGCUGAAUGAAAGAAUACUUCGUAAAGCAAUUGGCAUAAAAUUUAUUCGUAACAAAAUUUUUGAUAAGGCCAGAGGUCGGGUCAUGAAACUGACUAAUGGUUUAUAUCCAGCGCCACUGAAGAUAUUAGAAGUGGUUAAGACUGGUCUAGAAAAAGGUCAACCCUAUGGAACUGAAGCUGAAAUUAAAGGUAUCGGAGAACUAAGUCAAACGACACACUCGAAAGCAUUUUUCGGUUUAUUUCACGGACAGACACUUUGCAAGAAAAAUAAAUUUGGAAAACCUGCUAAAGAGCCGAAAACAGUGGCCAUAUUAGGAGCUGGUUUGAUAGGGGCCGGUAUAGCACUGGUAUCUAUUGUUAAAGAUUAUCAAACUAUUUUGAAAGACAUUUCAAUUACGGGAUUAAGUCGAGGAGAGAAUCAGAUUAAGAGUGGUUUGAACACAAAAGUGAAGAAAAAGAGACUGACGGCGAAUGAACGUGACGUCUAUAUGUCUAAUCUAAUGACAACAUUAGACUAUAAAAACUUUGAAAAUGUUGAUCUCGUAAUUGAAGCCGUUUUUGAAGAUCUGAAAAUAAAACAGAAAGUACUACAAGAAGUUGAACAAUACAUACGCGAUGAUUGUAUUUUUGCCAUCAAUACAAUAGUUAUACCAAUCGGUAAAAUUGCUGCGAUUAGCAAACGACCCGAAAAUGUCAUUGGAAUGCAUUACUUCUCUCCCGUCCAUAGAAUGCAAUUACUUGAGAUUAUUAUCACCGAUAAGACAUCCAAAGAGGCGUCGGCUGCAGCCGUAGCUGUUGGGCUUAAACAGGGAAAGGUUGCAAUUGUUGUCAAAGAUGGACCAGGAUUUUACUCAACAAGAUGUUUGGCACCCGUCAUGUGUGAAGUAAUAAGACUGAUGCAGGAAGGCGUCACACCUAAACAAUUGGAUCUAUUGACUCGUGCUUAUGGUUUUCCAGUGGGUGCGGCAACUCUUGUUGAUGAAGUUGGUAUAGAUGUGGCCGCAUAUGUUGCCGAAGAUCUGUGGAAAGUGUUUGCCAAACGAUUUGCCGGUUCAAACAUUGAAGUAUUAAGAGAAAUGGUUGCCUCGGGUUUUACAGGACAAAAAGUAGGAAAGGGAUUCUAUGUGUACACACCGGGCGUUAAGAAAAAAAAGAUGAAUAAAAAAGCUUUAGAAAUAUUAAAGAAAUAUUACAUUUCGCCGAAACACAAAUGUACUCAAGAGGAAUACCAGAUGAGAAUUGUUGUCAGAUUUGUCAACGAAGCAGUUCUCUGUCUACAGGAAGGCAUAAUCGAUAAUCCGCUUGAAGGAGAUAUCGGAGCCGUUUUUGGUUUAGGUUUCCCCCCGUUUCUGGGCGGACCCUUCCGUUAUACCGAUACAUACGGAGCCGGAAAAAUAGUUGAUUGGCUCAAAAAGUUUACCGAUGACUACGGACCACAAUUCAAGCCGUGCCAACUGCUUAUCGAUCACUCAACUGAUCCGUCAAAGAAGUUUCAUAUAUAUAAAUGA